AGCUUCAAGUUCUUAUCAGUGACAUUAAAAGCUUCUCUUAUCGUCUGAAAUUUGUAGUUGAUGUCAGUUUAAUUACCGUUGUUAAAAACUUAAUCAUAAGUAAACUUAAAUAAGAAAAAUGGAUCCGUUGGUGAUAAGCUACCUUGAAAAAUCAAACGAAUACAAUGACAUGCCUUCAUUUGGUCAUUUGCUGAUGGAAAAUCUAUCGAAAGCAGAAAACAAUGUUAUUUUGGUGUCUGGAAUAACUUCGGAAGAACUCACCGCAAAAAAUUUGCUGGAAAGAAGCAUUUUGGUUAGCAAGGCAUUGAUUGCUGCAGGUGUCAAGCCAGGCGAUGUCAUUUCGAUUGUGUCAGAGAAUCGUUUCGAAUUUGCUUACAUUUUAUUCGGAACUCUUCUACUCAACUGUAAAUUCGCACCAAUCAAUUUGACAUACUCGGAACGAGAAAUGACGCACGCUUUCAAUCUAUCAAAGCCGAAGGUUAUUUUUCUAUCACCAUACGCUAGUGAAAAAGUCAUAAACGUUGCGAAAUCUUUGAGUUUCGUGAAGAAAAAAGUGUUAAUUGACGAAGAAAAUGAUUUUACAGAUGAUGUUGUUUUGUUCAAGGAUUUUAUUAAACAAACUGAACGAUCUCAUUUUACUCCAAUGGCUGUUGACAAAUCAAAAACUGUCGCAUUGAUCUUAUGCAGCUCCGGUACGACGGGACUACCAAAAGGCGUUCAAAUUUCUCAACAGAAUCUCAUUGUCGUCGCGAGAUUCUGUAAGAACACUGUAAUGCGUUUAGGCGAUAUUGAAGGCGAAAGAGUCAUCUUGGGAUUAAUUCCAUGGUUUCAUGCUUUCGGCUUAACAACUUUAGCGGGAAUUGUCGCAUCUCGUUCCGGACGAAUUGUUCUCUUACCAAAGUUUGAAGAAGGAUUAUUUUUGAGUUGUUUGGAAACCUAUCAAUGCAAUGUUGUGUUCAUGGUUCCACCAUUAAUGGUUUUCUUAGCUAAACAUCCGAUGGUUGAUGGAUAUGAUUUGAGCAGUAUUAGAAUCAUGGUUUGUGGUGCAGCUCCAUUAUCGAAAGAGUUGGAGCAAGCAGUUUACGACCGUUUACAGAACAAAAAAUUGCAUAUUCGUCAAGGAUAUGGAAUGAGUGAAAUGUCGCUUGCUGUUCUCUUACAAAAGACAAUUUGUAAGCCCGGAAGUGUUGGAGAAAUCAUUGAGGGCUCUGAAGUUAAAAUCAUUGAUGAGAGUGGAAAGUCGUUAGGGCCAAAUGAACGUGGCGAGUUAUGCUUCAGAGGAAACCAAAUUAUGAUGGGUUACAUUGGAGAUGAUAAAGCAACAAAGUCAACAAUUGACGCCAAUGGUUGGUUGCACACGGGUGACAUUGGAUACUAUGACGAAGACAAACAGUUCUUUAUUGUUGAUAGAAUUAAAGAGUUGAUUAAAUGGAAGGGAUAUCAAGUUCCACCAGCUGAGAUUGAAGCUGUUUUGUUGACGAACAGGAAAAUCAAAGAUGCAGCUGUCAUUGGGAUUCCUGACAGCAAUGUUGGUGAACUUCCAUUAGCAUUCGUUGUCAAAGCUGAUGAAAGCUUAACUGAAGAAGAAGUCAUGCAAUUUGUUGCGAAAACAGUUUCGCCAGCGAAACGUCUUCACGGUGGAGUUAAAUUUAUUAAUGAAAUUCCCAAAAAUCCAUCCGGAAAAAUUCUGAGACGAGAACUUCGUGAUUUAGUUAAGCAAUCGAAUGUGAAAUCAAAACUUUAAAAAUUCUUUACAUUCUUAAAAUAUUCAAUUGGAAAAUGUUUGGUUUCAAUGUCUGGUCAUUAGACGUUAAGUUAAUUUUUUUAUCUUUGGAUUUGGAUGGAGAAAGCAUUGCUUAAGCUCAGAAAGUAUUCAUGUAUGGACAGUGCUUAAAAGUAGAAAUUUAUUGUUCACCGACACAUGUUCAUCAAAAGUUCUUAAGUAUUCUUAAUAUAAAUAACAAAAUAUGAAAAGUAUUUCUCAUUUUAAUUUCUGAAUAAAUUAGAACGUAAAGAAUUUUAUGGAUUUUCAUUCAAUUUUAAAUUUUGUAAAAAGUUGAAGUUGUUUUUGCUUUUGGUCGUAGUUUUCUUAUGUAACUUAAUCAGC